GGAAUACGCCCACAAUCUCAGCUCACUGUCCCCUCCUUGCCGACUCUCCCAUUCGGAGAAAAGGACUGCAGUUUUUUUAUGAAAACAAAAAACAAAUACCGUGAAACCCGGAUUAUUUAUCGGACGAUGACAAUGAAGAACGCUUUCUCCCGUUAAAUAUGCUGACUCUUCUCUAAACCCGGCCCACAUUUCACUGUGCAAGGCCUCAGUCUCUUGAUUUGAAUGCCUCUCACGAUGGCGAAGCGGGAGAGCGGCAGCACCAGUCCAGUGGUGCGUCAGAUUGACAAGCAGUUCCUGGUGUGCAGCAUCUGUCUGGAGCACUACCACAAUCCUAAAGUCCUGCCCUGCCUGCAUACCUUCUGCGAGAGAUGCCUCCAGAACUACAUCCCACCUCAGUCUUUGACCCUGUCCUGCCCCGUGUGCCGACAGACCUCCAUUCUGCCGGAGAAGGGUGUAGCAGCGCUGCAGAAUAAUUUCUUCAUAACUAAUCUGAUGGAGGUGUUGCAGAGAGAGCAGGACUGCACCCGUUCUGAAGCAUCUAGUGGGCUGGAGUCGGCUGGAGCGGCUACAUACGCUCCGCCACUGUCCUGCCCAAACCAUGAGGGCAAGGUUAUGGAGUUUUACUGCGAGUCUUGUGAAACAGCCAUGUGUUUGGAGUGCACUGAGGGGGAGCACAGAGAACAUGUGACCGUCCCACUGCGGGAUGUUCUGGAGCAACACAAAGCGGCGCUGAAGAACCAGCUGGAUGCUAUUCGAAACAGGCUUCCUCAGCUGACGGCAGCCAUCGAGCUGGUGAAUGAGAUCUCCAAACAGCUUACAGACCGCAAGAAUGAGGCCGUGACAGAGAUCAGCAACACCUUUGAGGAGCUGGAGAAAGCCCUGCACCAGCGCAAGACCACCCUCAUCACUGACCUGGAGAACAUCUGCAGCACCAAGCAGAAGGUUCUUCAGGGUCAGCUGGCUGCUCUGAUGCAGGGAAAGGAGAACAUCCAAAGCAGCUGCAGCUUCACGGAGCAGGCGCUGAACCACGGUAGUCCCACUGAAGUACUGCUAGUGCAGAAACAGAUGGGCGAGCGGAUGGGGGCUCUGGCCCGGCAUGCUUUCCCUGAGCAGCCGCAUGAGAACGGACACCUGGACUGUCAGGUGGAGACCGAGGGCUUGCGACGCUCUAUACAGAACCUAGGCGUCCUGCUCACCACCAGUUCAGUGGGUCACACCAGUGUGGCUACUGGAGAGGGACUCCGACACGCUGUUGUAGGACAGAACACCACUGUUACUGUCACCACCAAGGAUAAAGAUGGUGAGUUGGUGAAGACUGGAAACGCAGCUCUGCGAGCUCAGAUCAGCGGUGCAGACGGAGGCGUCACUGAAACAGACGUCACAGACAAUAAGAACGGCACAUAUGAGAUCGGCUACACACUGCGCAGCGAGGGUGAGUUCUCCUUCUCCGUCCUGCUCUACGGAAGACACGUCAGAGGAAGCCCCUUCCGUCUGAGAGCCGUCAAAGCCUGCGACGCCCCGCAGUCACCCGAUGAUGUCAAGAGGAGAGUCAAGUCUCCUGGAGGAGGAGGAGGAGCUGGAGGACAUGUGCGACAGAAGGCGGUCCGCAGACCCUCCAGCAUGUACAGCACCACCAAGAAGAAGGAGAACCCCAUCGAGGAUGAGCUCAUCUUCAGAGUCGGGACUCGUGGACGAGAGCGUGGUGAAUUCUCUAAUCUGCAGGGCAUCUCCACCACCAGCAGUGGCAGAAUCGUGGUGGCAGACAGUAACAACCAGUGCAUUCAGGUUUUCUCCAAUGACGGUCAGUUUAAGCUAAAGUUUGGGGUCAGAGGUCGUUCUCCUGGUCAGCUGCAGCGUCCCACUGGAGUGGCAGUGGACAUGAAUGGAGACAUUAUUGUGGCCGAUUAUGACAACCGGUGGCUCAGCAUCUUCUCUCCAGAUGGCAAAUUCAAGAAUAAAAUUGGAGCAGGUCGUCUGAUGGGUCCUAAAGGAGUGGCGGUUGACAAAAAUGGCCACAUUAUCACUGCAGACAACAAGGCCUGCUGCGUCUUCAUCUUCCAGUCCAACGGAAAGCUCGUCACCAAAUUCGGUGCCAAAGGAACAUCAGAAAGGCAGUUUGCAGACAAAAGUGCUCCAAAUACACCAACAGAGCCCAAACAGAGCAAAUCUGGCCCAGCCUUCAGUCCCCAUUUUGUGGCCAUAAACAACAAGAAUGAAAUAGUAGUGACAGAUUUCCACAAUCAUUCUGUGAAGGUGUACAAUGCCGAUGGAGAGUUUCUCUUUAAGUUUGGCUCUCAUGGCGAAGGGAACGGUCAGUUCAACGCUCCCACCGGUGUGGCUGUGGACGGAAAUGGGAAUAUUAUUGUGGCAGACUGGGGGAACAGCAGGAUACAGGUGUUUGACAGCUCUGGCUCGUUCCUGUCAUACAUCAACACGACGGCGGAUCCUCUGUAUGGUCCGCAGGGAUUGGCUCUGACAUCAGACGGUCACGUGGCUGUGGCGGAUUCUGGAAACCACUGCUUCAAAGUCUACCGAUACCUACAGUAACACACUCACAAAAAUAAACACACUAAACUCCACCAGUCUUCUUUAGCAUUUCACCUUUUCCUUUUUGCACAUACAGUCUCUGCGCAUAUACGCCAACGUGAACAAACCCAGGGCUUCAUGAACGUCGCAUCUGUGUUCUAUCAAACUGCAUUAACGCUCAUUUCAAACUCAAUAUAAAUGAAUGUAUAUUGAACCCAAGCGAGUCGCGGGCAGCUAUUUAAGCUCUGUUCAAUUUAUUAAGAAUCACAGAGAACAAAUAAGUUAUUUUCGGGGCAAAUCAUGAUGCAGCAGCUCAAGAAUGCCCUGAGGACAGAGAAAUCUGACUUUAAACUGGCCUUUUGUGCGUUGACUAGCUGUACACGUGUACGCAUUUGUAUUAUACGCUGUAAAUUUGAUCGCCAUCGAUUUGCCGAUAUGGUUUUGGAGGUUUGCUGUAUUUCUUAGUGCGCUAAACUCGAUAUUAAACUAAACCCAGCUGUCAAUGUGCUUCAGUAGAUCUGCUUGUAGGUUCAUCGUGCCUCUGAUUUGAACAGCUAUGCCUACAUAUCGCUGGCCAUAACAGCACAAUUCAAAUAUCGCAUGCUUUUUAUUCACGCUGAAAAGGUUAAAAAGCAAGUUUAUUUAUUUUGUACACGACGGUAUAAUGUACCAGUUAUUUUUCUAAGUUGAAGUGUUUUGUUUAUCUGCAGUUCGAUGCCAUCACGAGGUGGAAAAGCAAAUGUGUUGUGAUUUUUGUUUUUGUUUUUAAUAUAUGCACAUGAACAUCAAAGGAAAGAUUUGUUAUAUCAAGUUGGUGAAAAUAUGAAUACAAAUAAAAUGAAGUUACACAGUC